CGAGCACAAUGGCUGACAAUAAAGCAAAGUCGACCAAACCCGUGAAUAGGACUCCUCCAAAGUCUCCUUCAGAUCCAACAAAGGACCGAGCAGCAAAACGAUUAUCCUGUGAUUCAAACAGCUCCCAUGAGGGAGCUGUGGCAGGAGAACUAAGUGCUCUGGAAGAGGCCUUUAGAAAAUUUGCCAUCCAUGGAGAUACAAGAGCCACAGGAAAAGAAAUGCAUGGGAAGAACUGGUCAAAGCUAUGUAAGGACUGUCAUGUGAUAGAUGGAAAGAACGUGACAAUCACAGAUGUUGACAUUGUCUUCAGUAAAAUCAAGGGAAAGUCUUCCAGAACGAUCACUUUUGAGCAGUUUAAGGAAGCUCUUCAAGAACUCUCUAAGAAGCGAUUUAAAGACAAGAGUGAUGAGGAAGCAGUUCAAGAAAUAUAUAAACUAAUUGAAGGAAAAGCCCCAAUUAUAUCUGGAGUAACGAAAGCCAUUUCAUCUCCAACUGUUACACGCCUUACAGAUACAUCAAAAUUCACAGGUUCUCACAAAGAGAGGUUUGAUCCCAGUGGGAAAGGAAAAGGCAAAGCUGGUCGAGAAGAUCUGGUGGAUGCUUCAGGUUAUGUAUCUGGUUAUAAGCAUGCAGGCACAUAUGAUCAAAAAGUGCAAGGAAGCAAGUAAGGCUGAGGGUUUACAACACAGAGGGAGGAAGAAAGGGGGAAAGACAACUUAUUUGUAAGAAUAAUGUAGGUGAAUCCCACAUGUUUUGGUUAUUGUGAAUGCUAAGACUAUGUUGUCAAGAAGUUGUUUUCAGGAACUGGAACUGAUUUCAACAUCUGCUGAGCUACUAGCAGCACAACACCACUUCAUUACAUUCCUCAUGCGUAUAUUGGCAAAAUUAAAUGUAUUGGUACAAAAAAAAGACAUAAUUUUGUUGAGCUUUAGGAAAAAAAUCAGCAAAAUAAGCACCAAAGUCAACCACACUUUGUCAAUUCAAAAAAAGAUCUCAAACAUUCCUAAAUGUUUAGCUGCCCUGAAAUGUUGAAGAGAACCUCUUGAAAAGAAUCCUUCAGUCCUUCUGAAGGAUAUCCCAUUAUUUAUAUGCAGUUUGAUUUGACUACUGUUUUGGGGCUUUUGAGAAGUGUCUUAUACACAGUUUGUCACCUUCCAUAAAAUAUUCAACAAUAUACUAUUGGGCAGUAAGUGGUUGUAAUA